CCUUACACACGUAUGGACAAAAAUAGCUCAAAAUGGCGACUGAGGCUAAUCGCUAAUUACGUCUUGAAUUCUUGAAAAUUGAGUUCAGUGAGAAUGUGAAAAGGCUAAAAUGCCUACACCAGAAUCAACAGUCGCUUCUGUCUCGACGAUAGAGUCAGAAUUGUAUUUCCUCAUCGCUCGAUUCCUGUCUUCGGGGCCAUGUAAGAAGGCAUCAGAAGUGCUGCUUGGGGAGCUGAAAGAACACAAGCUUUUACCUAAAAGAAUCGACUGGGAAGCCAGAGAACACUACAGAAGUUAUUCCAACUUGAUUGAUUUAUUUCGUCACAUAUCAUGUGGCCACCUGCUCAGUAUAUGUGAGAGGCUUGGGCCAUUGUUGGAUAAAGAAGUUCCACCAAGUAUCACAGGAGUCCGCUCCCUACUUGGUGCAGGAAGUCUCUCACUUCUUCGAACUGUAGAAAAUUCUAGACAGACAAAAUGGGCAUCAUCUCAGCUUGCUGUUCUGCAUCAUGCAGAACCAUUGCAGCCUCCACGGAACAUUGCACAUUUCUCACUUUGUUCCAUGGUGAAAGGCAGAGAGUUGACUGGCCGCAGUCGGCGGGAUUUGAUUUUCCCGGGCCACCAAUAUAGCCAUGUGUCUCUUCAUGACCGGAAACUGGGACACCUCUCAGCAGUGUAUUGUGUGUCCUUUGACAGGACAGGCCAAUACAUCUUCACAGGUGCCGAUGACCACUUGGUGAAAAUCUGGAGUGCCUCUGCUGGACGUCUACUUGCCACGUUUCGAGGUCACGCAGCAGAGAUCACCGACCUUGCUGUCAACUUUGAGAACACAUUACUUGCGUGUGGCAGUUGUGACAAGAUUAUUCGUGUGUGGUGUCUACGAACUAAGGCGCCAGUCAUUGUUCUACAAGGCCACACUGGCAUGAUCACAUCUGUGCAGUUCUGUCCCCAAGCCAAGGGUGACACGCGCUACCUUGCCACAACAGGUGCUGAUGGCUGUGUUUGUUUCUGGCAGUGGAAUGUAAACACCCUUAAGUUCAACACUAAGCCCAUCAAGUUUGUUGAGCGUUCUCGAGCAGGAGCCCAGAUGCUGUGUUCGUCCUUCAGCCCGGGUGGCCUGUUCCUGGCCACGGGGAACACAGAUAAUGUCAUACGUGUCUACUUCUUCCACAACACCAAUCCAGAGAAGAUCUGUGAACUUGAAGCACACAAGGACCGAGUGGAUAGCAUCACCUACAGUAACCAGGGGAUGAGGUUUGUCAGUGGCAGCAAGGAUGGCACUGCCAGGAUCUGGCGCUAUGAGAGACAGGAGUGGAAGGCUCUGGUGCUUAACAUGGCUACAAAGAUGCCAAGCAAAUCUGCCCCUGCCAGUGUAGAUCCACCUCCAACUGACGACAGUAAGAAGGACAAGUACCGUGUGACCAUGGUGGCGUGGAUGAUGGACGAUGAGCAUGUUGUGACAGCUGUCAGUGAUUAUUCUCUAAAAGUGUGGGCCUCCCAUACAGGCAGACUUGUACAUGUCUUGGAAAGUCACCAAGAUGAAGUGUUUGUGCUGGAGCCAAGUCCUAUUGAUGCCCGCAUCCUCCUCAGUGCUGGCCAUGAUGGCAACAUCGUUAUCUGGAACUUGCAGACAGGGAAUAAGAUCAAAACAUUCUUUAACAUGAUUGAAGGUCAAGGGCAUGGUGCAGUUUUUGACUGUAAGUUUGCACCAGACGGUCUGAGUUUUGCAGCUGUUGACUCUCAUGGACAUCUGCUUAUGUUUGGAUUUGGAUCAAAUGAGAAGUACCAGAAGGUACCGAAAGAAGUAUUUUUUCACACAGAUUACCGUCCGCUGAUCCGUGAUGCCAAUAACUAUGUGCUUGACGAACAAACACAGCAGCCUCCCCACCUGAUGCCACCUCCGUUCCUAGUGGACAUUGAUGGUAAUCCCUACCGCCCCAUCACCCAGCGCCUCGUCCCCGGCAGAGAGAACUGUAAGGAUGAAAUGCUGAUUCCAGAGGUGGCUGUCAAUGAGGAGGGAUCAUCUGAGGUUAUUGGUGAUGGUGAACCAUUAGGCGGCCCCAUGCCCGAGCCAGCUGUUAUAGAGAGAGUCCGUCCAAGCCUCGAUGCCAUGAUACAGAGACUGCAGCUGGAGCAGGAUCAUCGGAUUGCCCUGGAGGGAGGGGAACCCCUGGCCUCACCCCCACCUGUAGGCUCACCCCCACCCUUCGUGUCCCCUAGGUCCACCAGGAACAAUCAGGGUCGUGUUGGAAUGCGUCGCAGUGGGGAGACGGAGGGAGUGAGGCAGUCACUUGGCAAUGUCACACUCAGAGCCACAAAGAGUGAUAUAGCAGCCUUGAAGAGAAGAGUUGUCGUCAAGCCACUAGAUCCAGAAGUCAUGUGGCGACACGAGGAGAAGAGACUAGCAUUUGCUGAUGAAGAGUUUAAGAAAUUUGUCUUUGAGAGGAAAAAGAAACCCAAUUCUCCACAUGGGACCCACUCUGCUGCAUCGAAGGAUAAACGCAAGCAGGCUCAAGCUACAGGUGCCAAUACCGCGGAGAAUGAGGAAACAGCCAGAAAUAGAUUGUUUACCCGAGCACUGUACGACACUGAAGAGGAAGAGGAUGAAGAAGGUAACAGCUCAGGAUCUGACUUCAUGCAUGAAAGUGACUCUGAUGAGUAUUCCGAUUGGAUGGGGGAUACAGGCAGUAAUCUGCAACCUCCAAAGCGUACGUCACAGCGGCAGAGAAAACGGAAACGCUUCACAUCCACAGAAGAUGAUCCAGAUGAUGAUGAUGAAGAUGACGAUGAUGAUGACAAUGAUAAAGACAAUGACCAGGACAGCGGGCAGUAA